GAUGUCUCGUCGCUUCGUGAUCUUCCCAUCCCUCACUCGGUCUCGAACGGCCCUACGUAUCUAUAGCUACCUAUGGACAGAAUGCCCAUCAUCAUCAUACACGCAGGCCCAGAAAGGCAAAUCACACACACAGAGAGCAGUACCACAAAGCUGUGACAGCACACAGGCACCAGCAAACAGGCCAGACAGAGCAGCAAUUGGCACACAGGCCGAAAGCCAAGAGAAGACUAUACGUCCACAGCAGUAACACACAGGUCCAGAUCAGUAGCGCACACGGUCAGAGCAGAAUGCGAAGACUGACACGGCCGUGCAUGCUAGCCCUGCCACGCCGCCCUCGCCGCCGCCGGCCCUCGCGCAGGCUGCACCUUGCCGGUGAGGCGGCAGCAGCAAUAGAUGGCCACACCCACAGCGGCGAUCAGCACCAUAGCUGCGACGGUGAUGAUGAUGUAUCCAGUGAAGCAGGACCUGCCAAACUCGAAUGCCCCACAGGGCUCCGAUUUCGUAGCCUCGUCUUGGGUGGUGACGUCGGUGUCUCCUUCCCCGGGCGGGGUAGUGUCGGGUGGUGCCUCUGUCGCAGGUGCAGUGGAUGAAGCAACCGGGGACGGGGAGGUACUAUCGGUGUCGGAAGCGAUGGCGAAGAAGAACGCGUCGGGGGUGAUGUCGCUGGGCUGCACGUUCUUCAGCACCAUUUGAUGCGUUGAAUCGAUAUAGAUGAUAGCGCUGCCCUCGAGAAUCUCCACGGACUCGAAUGACGUCACCGCUGCAAAGCGUCGAAGGUCGAUUCGGUCUCUGCCGAUCUCGAAAUCCAAAACGGUCGCGUUGCCUGGAUUAGAGCUCAUCACAAACAAGUCGGUACCUCCACCGCCUGCACACAAAAGAGCCGAGAAGACCCCAUCCAUCAUCGUGCCGAGCCGAAAAGGGGUGGUGAGCGACACACAACACGGACGCCUCUGUGAUGUGAGCCUUGGCUUACCCAUGAGCGUGUCGUCGCCGCCGCCUCCAUCGAUGAGGUCAGUCCCUUCCCCGCCGUCCACAAAGUUGCUUCCCAUGCUGCCAUAUAUCUGAUCCGGAUGUCGAGACCCCUUCACUGAGCCCACUGUGGAGGCGGGAGCCAGACGCACAAACAGGCCCUUUUCACUGGAGUCACAGUCCAGACUGCCUCCCUCCAUGACUUGUGUGUCCUGGCACUCAUCUGGGACCACUUCUGUCUCAUUCUUCCAUGUCUCUUGGUUGUCAGGAAACAAUGUCUCCCACUCGACCUCAUCCGGGGGUGGAGGCAGUGUGGCUGGUGGCGUCGAGCUUAUUGUUGCAUCCUCAGGGUCCGGUAGUGGGGGCUCUACUUCCACUGGUGGCGAUAGAGACGGGUCGAUAGGAAGCUCGACCGGGGGACCAGGGAGAGGUUUUUUUGUCGUUGUCGUGGUAGUUGUUGUCGUUGUCGAGGGCGCUUCUGUCGUAAUCAGCCACGCAGGACACACAGCCGCCUCCCAAUCGAACAACUCUUCACCCUCCGAAGAAUCGCAAUCCACGUCUUCUGCCGAGUACUCGUCGCUGCAGCCGUUGCUCUCCUUGCACUUGUAGUACCCCGAGUCAAAGCACUGCCCAUUGUUGCAGCAGAAGCCGUUGGGACACGGGUCAGGGUUGCACCAAAUGGCAAAGGCAGGGCACGCGUACCAGUAAUUGCGGCUCCGGUAAGGAUUGCAGUUCACUGCUGAAGUUGCAUUCUUCUCCAUCCGUGCGCAUAGCUUCGUCUCGUCAAUGCAGUAGAAGCCGUCAGCACAGUACGAAUUGCUGCAUUCGCGCGCGCUCCACGGCUUGAUGCACGAGUUCAUGUCUCUGUUUGGUCCCGUAGGAGCGCUUUCCUCCGGCAGACAUUUACCGUGAAGGCAGAUAGGAUCCUCCGGUGGAUGACAGAAGCCGUCAAGGCCACAGCAGCCUUCAGAGCACCCCAUUGGGCCAGCGUCAGGGCCACACGCUUCGGGUGCCGCUGUUGGGCCCGCCAUUGUGGGAGCCAUCGUGGUGAGUGGGCCGAGGUCCGGAUCAUCACAGUGGCACUGCUGCGUGUACUUGUCGCAACUUGUGCCUGUAUGGCACCAUCCACGCUUGAGGCAGCUCGCAUCGCCAUUCACGAAGUCCCACAUGAAGGAAACAGACAGGUCUGGGUUGAUUGGGUCCUGGAAGACGAAGCGGUACGCAGCCUCACAGUCCUUCGUCUCAUCCACAGUGCAGCUGCAAGUAGGCACAACAGCACCACCAUAGUGAAGUCUCUUUGCUUUUCUCCACCUGAUUCACUUACAUGGUCAUUUCUUUGGUCUCGUCCGAUGUCGGAUCGAUCCAUUGAGCAACCUCGAUUGUCCCCUGCUGGCAGUCACAUCCCCGGUCUGUGUAGCUUGGCAGAGGCGCCGGGGCUUGUGUGGUAGGUGCAGGCUGCGUUGUCGGCUGGACAUGGCCUGGGGGGAGCGUCGAAGGGGGCGAUACUGGGGGAUCGAUUGCUGUCGCAGGAAUUGGUAUCUCGUUGCAGGGUUUGGGGUCAUCUGGAGACGCCACCGUUGAGCUGCUGAGAGACUUGCAUUUGUCCCAUGCGUAGCCACCCGAGUACAGACAAGAGCAUCUUUGUCCCUUGUAGAAGCCGUACUUUCCACAAUCUGCCGAUUCCACCCAACAC